CCUCUCUUCCCUUCUCAUCAUGGCUUCUUCCUCGCGCUAGCAGCGUGUUUCAGUUACACGUCGACUAAAGGAAGGUCGUCGCCUGUCGUCAGAUCCGCAAAGCAUUUCGGGCUACUGGAGGCUGAUUCGCCCAACAAUACAAACAAGCCGCUGGGCAUAUAGUGGAAUCCGCUGCACAUGCAUUGACAUAAAUUCACCCUCCAUGAAUGCAUGCUUAUUUCCUCACUCUUUUGGAAGUGGCAGUAUAUAAUCGCGAAUGAACUGGGAUCAAAUAUCCAUCGCGCGCGACAAAUAGCUAAUCCUAAAAUAGGAAAUACACAGUAACACUCCAGUAUGGCGGACAGUAUGAUGAGUAAAGCAGCCACUAUGGAGAUUCCUUUUAACAGUAAUGGGGACUCUAGGAAUCUAGCAGAAGAUGACAGCCUGGAGCAGGCUGCAAAGAUUCAGUGGAGCUUAAGAGAGAAGGUAGGGAGUCCCGCAGGCCUCAGGGACUUACAGCAGGUCAUGGUGUCCGGACCCAACCUUAAUGAGACCAGCAUCGUAUCAGGUGGUUAUGGAGGUACAACAGAAGGCAUCAUUCCGACAAGCUCCAUCAAAGGCCCUGCGGUCCGUCUUAACAUUGACUUUUUGGGAAACAGACGCAUUCCAAAUGAAGGGCAAGGGUCCAACAUGCAUCACGCCAGUAGCAAUUCCUCCACGACAGCAGAAGAGGCCACAAGAGGCAUUGCUGUGGAGAAGUUUGACAUCAUGAAGAAAUGGGGUCUGAACACAUACAAGUGCACCAAACAGAUGAUCUCUGAGAGGUUUGGCCGUGGCUCACGUACUGUGGAUUUGGAGCUGGAGGCUCAGAUUGAGGUUCUGCGGGAAACCAAACGGAAGUACGAGAAUGUGCUGCGUUUAGCGCGAGCGCUAACCAACCACUUUUACAGCAUGGUGCAGACCCAGCACGCCCUUGGAGACACUUUUGCCGACCUCAGUCAGAAGUCUCCAGAACUUCGGGAUGAGUUCGGAUACAAUGCUGAAACACAGAAGUUGCUGUGCAAGAAUGGAGAGACUCUGCUUGGUGCCAUCAACUACUUUGUGUCCAGCAUCAACACGCUGGUGAACAAAACAAUGGAAGACACAUUGAUGACUAUCAAGAUAUAUGAGAAUGCCAGGUAAAGCCUACUCCAGCUC